CCAAACCCCACUCUCUCUACGCCUUUUAAAUUCAACUCAAACAAACAAACUGUCACUAUCAUUGAAAUCCUUAUUUUUCAUCAACAUGGCUGCAGAAACCAGCAAAACAACUCAAGAGUCACUGUCACUUGCGGCGGAGCAACUGGUGGUUACUGAUGUCGCCGCCGCCGCUGUAGUUGACAAGGAAACACAACAGCCCAAGCCCGAGGAGGAGAAGCCUGUGGAGGCUGAAACUGAGGUUUCUAAGCCCAGCGGCGGUGAUGAAAUUCCUGAAUCAGGUUCGUUCAAGGAAGAGAGCAACAUCGUUGCUGAUUUACCUGAUGCAGAGAACAAAGCGCUGCAAGAGUUCAAACUUCUUGUUCAGACCGCGCUCAACCACCAUGAAUUCUCUGUGCCGCCGCCGCCGCCGCAAGAAGGUUCUGAUGCUUCACCGGAGGAGGUGUCGAUUUGGGGGAUUCCGCUUCUUGCAGAUGAAAGAAGCGACGUGAUUCUGCUGAAGUUUCUGCGUGCCAGGGAUUUCAAGGUGAAGGAGGCGUUUGCUAUGAUCAAGAGCACGAUUUUGUGGAGGAAGGAGUUUGGAAUUGAUGGAUUGCUAGAGGAAGAUUUAGGAGAUGAUUUGGAGAAAGCGGUGUACAUGCAUGGUUCUGAUAAGGAAGGUCAUCCUGUGUGUUACAACAUCUAUGGGGAGAUUUACAAGAAAAUGUUUUCUGAUGAGGAGAAGAGGCACAAGAUUCUGAGGUGGAGAAUUCAGUUCCUGGAGAAGAUUACCAGGAGGCUUGAUUUCACUCCUGCUGGUAUUUCCACCAUUGUUCAGGUCAAUGAUCUUAAGAAUUCUCCUGGACCUGCUAAAUGGGAGCUUAGACAAGCUACCAAACAUGCCCUUCAAUUGCUUCAGGAUAACAACCCUGAAUUUGUAGCUAAACGUGUGUUUAUCAAUGUGCCAUGGUGGUACUUAGCAGUGAUCAGGAUGAUAAGACCUUUUCUCACACGGAGAACCAAAAGCAAGUUUGUUUUUGCUGGUCCUUCCAAAUCAGCUGAGACUCUUCUAAGAUACAUAGCAGCAGAGCAGCUACCAGUCAAGUAUGGUGGACUAAGCAAAGAUGGUGAAUUCGGAGUAAACGAUGCUGUUACUGAAAUUACAGUGAGGCCCGCUGCUAAGCACACCGUGGAAUUUCCGGUUACUGAGAACGGCUUACUCUGUUGGGAGCUCAGAGUUAUAGGGUGGGAUGUGAGCUAUGGUGCAGAGUUUGUGCCAAGUGCAGAAGGAAGCUACACUGUGAUCAUCCAGAAGGCUAGAAAGGUUGCUUCAUCAGAAGAGCCAGUUCUUUGCAACAACUAUAAAAUUGGUGAACCUGGGAAAGUUGUUCUCACCGUUGACAAUCAAAGCUCUAAGAAGAAGAAGCUUUUGUACCGGUUGAAGACCAAGCCAACUUCUGACUGAGAUUCUCACCAUUGGUAGUUCUGUCAUGCACCCAAGAUUUCAAAGCUAUGAAGUUUUUCAAGUUUUAAUUUUAAUCAUCAUGAGUCCAAGCAUAAUACACUCUUUUUGCUUUUCUUUAACAUUUAUUAUUAUUAUUAUUGGAGGGGAUCUUUUCAUUUUUGAAUUCUUAUUAUUGAUAUAUGGUAUGGAAGAUUUUUAUAUUACUCUAUUCUUACGUAUAAAUUUCAUUUCAUGUGAAUUUUGGUGGGGCCUUUUUAUCUGUAUAUAUGUUUGUCGUUUUGUCUGUUCUCAAACUUAAAAAUAUGUGCUCCUGCGCCGUUCACCUCGCCGUCAGCGUUAAGGUGUGUUCCAAAAGGAUGUUCGACACUAUCAAAGGGAAGGAAUUUGAGGAAGAAGAUAACCUAAAUUGAUGAAAAUGAAAUUGGAAGCUAAGGUCACAGUUCCCUUUUCUUUCUUUUUUCCAUGUUGAAUCUCGUUAUGGUCUUUCGAGUGAAAGCUCUGUCUUUAUUUUUGUCAGAUGGAAGACUAUGUUGAAGGAGGCGCUGCACGCAGCUGAUCAUGUUGUCACUUUUAGCAUCAACUUUAGUCAUUACCAAUGCUUACAUUAUCUAGGUUUAGCAUUUAUUUUGAAGAACAUGAUCUCGUGUAUUGUUUGUGUUGUUUGAUGUAUUUCUUAACUCUUGAGUGAAUCUGAUGGGUUUUCCAUUUGCUAGACAUGGCUGGUGGGAAAAAGAGUGCUCCUACCGCAACUAAGUAACCUCGUCAUCCCCUGAAAAUCAAUGGGUUCAAGGUGUUUUGUAGUUUUUUAAUUUGGUUGGACUGAGGAAGCCCUUAUUAGGAUGAAUGGAAGCAAGAUAUUAUAUGUGGCAUGAUGCAUCUUGUAUUUGUUUUAUUGUAGAGUUGGAUGCAUGGUGGCUAGCAUGGAGGACAUUAAGGUUUCUGCUGUAGUAUGCUUGGGCUACCCAUUAAAUGUUUGAUGCUCUUUCUGAUAAUCUCAUGUCAAUCUCUUGCCUACAGAAUUAACUGAUUGCGUACUUUGUUUUUGUGUCUUUUACCAUGGGACAAGCCACUUCAGAAUGAGGCUGGUUUGACAAUUAAGUGGAUAAAAAAGUGUAAAGAUGGUUAUAAAAUGCUGAAUUGUUUUCGUUGCAACCAGGUCCACCGUGAAAGAUACUUGCAAAUGAUUUUGUUGCUGUUCAGAGUUGUAUUUCAAAUUGAAAAAAUUCUUGAGAUUACUACCCUUUACCUGUGUUUUUUAAAUGUAUACUAUCUCAGCACCUCAAAGUAGUUACUCUUUAAACAAGAGCAAUAAAGUGUACUCAUAACCCCCUCUAUCCAUAUUAUAUUGUUUCAGCA